CAUGGGAGGCACCAGACUCACUAUAUUAGAACUCCUGAGGUGUAAGGAGGACGUCUAAGAACUCAACUGCUCCGGACCUAUUGCUCUUUUUCUGAUAUUGGACAUCUCUCUAGCUCAGAUUGAUUGCAAUGUGGCUUCUCCUUCAUGCCAUCGUUCUAGUGGAGGUCAAAGAUUUUGCACUGAUUGAUGGCAGUAUGGUCACUCCUCUGUGCCCAAGGGGGUAUUUUCCCUGCGGGAAUCUCACCAAGUGCUUGCCCCGAUCUUUUCACUGUGAUGGUGUGGAUGACUGUGGGAAUGGCGCUGACGAAGACAACUGUGGUGACACUAGUGGAUGGGCGACCAUAUUUGGCACAGUCCAUGGAAAUGUUAAUAAUGUGACAUUAACACAGGAGUGCUUUCUCAACCAGUAUCCACAACACUGUUACUGCAAAGAAACUGAAUUGGAAUGUAUAAAGACUGAUUUAAAUUCUGUGCCAAAGAUUUCCAGCAAUGUGACAUUACUGUCUCUUAAGAAAAACAAAAUCCACAGCCUUCCAAACAAAGCUUUCAUCAAAUUCACAGAACUCAAAAAGAUAUAUCUUCAGCAUAAUUGCAUUAGGCAUAUAUCCAGGAAAGCAUUUUUUGGAUUAUAUAAUCUGCAAAUAUUAUAUCUCAGCCACAACUGCAUCACAACCCUCGGACCUGGAAUAUUCAAAGACUUAUAUCAACUCACUUGGUUAAUUUUAGAUGACAAUCCAAUAACCAGAAUUUCACAAAGAUCCUUUACUGGAUUAAAUUCCUUAUUUUUCCUGUCUAUGGUUAAUAACUACUUAGAGGCCCUUCCUGAACAGCUGUGUAUGCGAAUGCCUCAACUCAAUUGGCUGGAUCUGGAAGGCAACAGAAUAAAGUAUCUUACAAAUUCCACGUUUCUAUCCUGUGACUCCCUCACAGUGCUGUUUCUGCCUAGAAAUCAAAUUGGUUUUGUUCCAGAGAAGACAUUUUCUUCAUUAAAAAAUUUAGGAGAACUGGAUCUAUCUAACAAUGCGAUAACGACACUGCCGGCUCACCUUUUCAAUGACCUGCAGCUUCUACAAAAACUGAACCUGUCGUCCAAUCCUCUCUUGUAUCUUCACAAGAACCAGUUUGGAAGUCUUAAACAACUUCAGUCUCUAGACCUGGAAAGGAUAGAGAUUCCAAAUAUAAAUAUAAGAAUGUUUCAGCCCAUGAAGAAUCUUUCUCACAUUUAUUUCAAAAACUUUCGAUACUGCUCCUAUGCUCCCAAUGUCCGAAUAUGUAUGCCCUCGACUGACGGUAUUUCUUCAUUUGAGGACCUCUUGGCUAACAGUAUCCUCAGAGUGUUUGUCUGGGUUAUAGCUUUCGUUACAAGCUUUGGAAAUCUCGUUGUCAUUGGCAUGAGAUCUCUCAUUAAAGCUGAAAAUACAACUCACGCUAUGUCCAUCAAAAUCCUUUGUUGUGCGGACUGCCUGAUGGGGGUGUACCUGUUCUCCGUGGGCUUUUUCGACAUAAAGUACCGAGGGCAGUAUCAGAAGUACGCACUGCUGUGGAUGGAGAGCGUGCCCUGCCGCCUCAUGGGCUCCCUGGCCAUGCUGUCCACCGAGGUCUCCGUGCUACUGCUGACCUUCCUCACGGUGGAGAAGUUCUUCGUCAUCGUCUUCCCCUUCAGCAACAUUCGUCUUGGGAAGCGCCAGACCGCCGCCAUCCUCUCCUGCAUCUGGGUGGCGGGAUUUCUAAUAGCUGCACUCCCCUUUAUGAGUGAGAAUUAUUUUGGCAACUUUUAUGGGAAAAACGGAGUAUGCUUCCCACUUCAUUACGACCAAACGGAAGAUACUGGAAGCAGAGGGUAUUCGCUCGGAAUUUUCCUAGGUGUGAACUUGCUGGCUUUCCUCAUCAUUGUGUUUUCCUAUAUUACUAUGUUCUACUCCAUUCAGAAAACAGCCUUACAGACGGCAGAAGUGAGGAAUCACAUUGGGAAUGAUGUGGCUGUUGCAAACCGGUUCUUUUUUAUAGUGUUCUCUGAUGCCAUCUGCUGGAUUCCUGUGUUCAUAGUUAAAAUCCUUUCUCUCCUUCAAGUGGAAAUACCAGGCACAAUCACUUCCUGGAUAGUGAUUUUCUUCCUUCCAAUAAACAGCGCCUUGAAUCCAAUCCUCUACACUCUCACCACUACCUUGUUUAAGGACAAGUUGAAACAGCUGCUGCACAGACAUCGGAGGAAAUCAAUUUUCAAAAUUAAAAAGAAAAGUUUAUCUACAUCCUUUGUGUGGACAGAUGACUCCUCCCUUAAACUUGGAGUUUUGAACAAAAUAGCCCUUGGGGACAGUAUAAUGAAGCCAGUUUCUUCGUGAUGGCUUUGAACCACUGAACUUUGGAGGUACUACCUAAACUAGGUACAGUUUGGGGAAGAUGGCAUCUAAGAUCUGUUUCUUCUUGGCCAGCAGCCAGCCUUUCUGCACAAGGGACACAGUAGAAUGGCUGCUGGCCCUGUAUUCCAACAGUGGCUCUGCUACCUAUCAACCAUGUCGAGAACUGCACCAAAGACCUUUCCCCCUCACCCCCUUAUGCCUGGCAUGUACAAGUGAAUCCAUGUACAGUUGCUGACAAGCAGUUGAUCUCCAGCUAGUCAGCACUGUUAGUCUACCCAUGAACGCCCACAUGUAGCCACUGCAUGGCUUUCUUUUACAUCGACAUGCACUGUCCAUGCAUCUUAUUCCAACGUGGUCAUCGUGACACAACACCAACACCUCUUUCCUUGUGUUUUCAGUAUCAAAUAAAAUCAACAUCUUGGUGGUGGCUUGAUAGCAAAGGAUUUCUGAGUUUUCACCUGCCCAAAGUCCUACUUCUGCAGGCUGGUGGGAUACCAACUUUAAAUGCAGAACUUUAAACAAUUUUGUUGCUUCUAAUAUGACAAGAUGAUCAGGAGGCACACUGUUGAAGCCUAGAACCACUUGCUUUCUUGGCUUUUAUUUAAGCUUAGAAAAAGCUCAGAGAUCCCAGGGAAUAAAGGAUAAUUGGAUGGUGACCCAAACUUCCAAAAACUAUAAUUAUCAAGUAGUUUAGAGCAGUAUUUCUAUUGCU